AGUGUUAACUAGACAUUUAGACCUAACUAUUCUAAAUUCUUUGUAUUCAUUGUAAGUUUGCGUGCAAGGAUGCGAACAAUAACGAGUUGCUUUUUCCGCAAGCUACUCUCGCCCGUGCAAUCGUUUCGGCUGCAAGGAUUGUCGCUCCGCCACAUCAGCACGACUGUGCGCGAACGCGACCAAAUGCUGCUGAUCAAGGAGCAUCCGCAGCAAUCGGCGAAAACGAUGCAAUUUCCAGGCAUUUGGCUACGCGAUAACUGCCAGUGUGAGCAGUGUUUCCAUCGGGAUUCAUUGAGUCGCAAACCGAAUAGUUGGAUUAACUUCGAUACGAAAGUGAAAGUGCAAAAUGUUACGGUGGAUGAGUCACGGCAAGCUGUAAACAUAGUUUGGUCCGAUCGACACCGUUCAACAUUUUCAUUGAGUUGGUUAAAGGAACGCGAUUUCUCGCCCGAAGCUCGUGAGCGAUAUAUGAAUGAAUGGUAUCGGCCACAAUCAAAGCAUUGGGGUAAGGCUGAUUUUGAUAAGAUAUUGAAAAAGUUUGAUUACUGGGACGUCAUGCGCAGUGACCCGGUUCUUAUGGAAUGGCUGGAGGCCUUAAUGAUUCAUGGGGUUGCGAUGCUCAAAAACUCACCGCUGGAUAUUGGUGUUGUAAAGUCAUUAGCCAAUCGAAUUGGUUUCAUACGCAAAACCACUUACGGUGAGGAAUUCAGCGUACGUUUUCGUUCAGAUGCGAAAAAUUACUCGUACCUCUCAGAGCCGCUACCGUUGCACACCGACUUACCCUACUAUGAGUAUAAACCCAGUGUCACCUUCCUGCACACUCUUGAACAAUCGCGUUCCAAAGGUGGCUGGAAUACGAUUGUGGAUGGUUUCAAUAUCGCCGAUCAGCUACGCGUACACCAGCCGCAGCAUUUCAAAAGCCUGUCAGAAGUUCGUGUCAAUUGGUGUGACAUUGGUGAGGAUGCCGAUAAGGCUUUUCAUAAUAUGUGGCGUGCACCAGUUAUUAACCUAGAUGAGAACGGCAAGUAUACGCGCAUCAAUCAUAGUGUGCCCCAACGUGACAGCCACUUCAGCAUCGAUGUCGAUAAGGUGACGCCCUGGUAUGAGGCCACUGCCAUAUUUGUACGCAUGGCUCACGAGCAGGAGGUCACCUUUAAAACGGAGCCGGGUGACGUUUUGUCUUUCAACAACCUACGCAUGUUGCACGGCCGCACAGGUUAUGAUGACAGUGAACGCAAUGUGCGGCACAUUGUGGGUGGCUUCGUCGACUGGGAUAUCGUUUAUUCGAAGAUGCGUGUAUUGAAGCGGGCGGCUUUAGCAGGGCGUGUGGAAAAUGUAGCGAUCCACGCGUGAAGCAAAGAAUCAAAGGGACGCCAAUUGGAGUGGUUUGGUUUCGCUUUAAGUUUCUUGGGUAUUGGCUGUAGUGAGUGAGAAAUAAAUUUUAUAUUGUUUAGUUCUGUGUUCAGUGCUGAAAAAGCCAACACAAAUUUGUACAAUUUAUUUUUUUACAGACUUUUAUUUGGCGCAUUUGCGAUUCAUGAACAUUGAAAAACAUUUUGGUUUUUUCAGUACUGUCUUUUUAGCAUAGUUUCCGUAUGGGUUUUAAAUAACCCUCGUAAUUUUCGGCGACGUGUGAC